AUGCUGGACUUCACCAUCACUGGAGAUUUCACCAAGACUUUCAACUGGAAUGUGAAACAGCUGUUCGUAUAUCUUGUUGCCGAAUAUGAGACACCAGAAAACGCUUUGAAUCAGGUGGUUCUUUGGGAUAAAAUCGUGUUGCGGAGUGAACGAGUUGUGCUCGAUGAACGCCGCCUUCAAAGCAAAUACUAUUUCUUAGAUGACGGCACCCAUUUGCUCAACCAUCCGAAUGUCACUCUUGUUUUGAGAUACAACGUAGUGCCAAAUGCUGGUUAUCUGAGACUGUCCCAAGCGGAAGGACAAGCAGUUGUUAAGUUUCCGGCCACUUAUACGACUAAGAAGCACUAG